UCAGCUUCUGCCAACCUUCAAAUCACCAAUCUGGAUUGAAACUCGGAUUCGCUCAAAAUUACAACGGAGAUAAGCAAUAUACUCGGAUUCUCUCUAUCUUUCUCUCUAUAUAUAUAUGUACACAGUUCGGUGUUAAGGAAGGAAUUGUUGAUCUCCGGCGAGUGUCGCCGGGAACUGAUAGGUAAGCGAGCAACGGCGGUAUUUCCGGCGAGGAAUUUGAUGAGUCGUAGAGGAAAGGGAGGAGCGAAGGAGAGCAGGGGACUUGGGAACGGAGACGUCGACCACCGAGUUGACUCAGUGAAAGAGAGGAAAAUGAAGAAUCAGGCGAAAUUCGAGAGGAAAUUGGUGAAAUACGAGGCGUUGCCGGAGUAUUUGCAGGACAAUGAAUUUAUCCGAGACUAUUACCGCUGCGAGUGGCCUCUCAAGCAUAUUGUUCUCAGCGUUUUCUCCCUGCACAAUGAGACUGUCAAUAUAUGGACUCAUUUGCUAGGAGCGUUGAUAUUUGUGGCGUUGACGGUAAUGACCUUGACGGAGAAAGCGUCGUUGGAGAAUUUGACCGGCGUCGUCAGACCUGCGGCGACGAUGAUAGGUAAUUAUUCGCCGGCAGUUUUUCCGGAAUCUUUUCCAAGAAAAUUUUCCAAGGCACCAAUAAUCCUAGACGUGAAUAGAGUUGAAGAUGUGAUUCCUAUGUGGCCUUGGCUUGUGUUCCUAGUAGGGGCAAUAGGGUGUCUGGUUUUCAGUUCUGUAUCCCACCUCUUUGCUUGCCAUUCCCAGCGAUGCACCCUCUUCUUCUGGCGCCUUGAUUACUCAGGCAUUUCACUCAUGAUAGUCACCUCCUUCUUCGCCCCCUUAUACUACAUCUUCUCCUGCCUGCCCCACUGGCGCAUGUUCUACCUCACCUCCAUCACCAUAGUCGGCAUCCUCGCCAUCAUCACCCUCCUCUCCCCGGCCCUCUCCUCGGGCCGGUUCAGAACCUUCAGAGCCACCCUUUUCCUAGCCAUGGGGUUCUCCGGUGUCAUCCCGGCCACCCACGCCACCUUCCUCUACCGCGACCACCCUGAGGUUCUUGUCGCUCUUGCCUACGAAAUAGCCAUGGGGUUUCUGUAUGCCACGGGAACAGCUCUCUACGUUUCCAGGGUCCCGGAGAGGCUGAAGCCCGGCGCGUUUGAUAUCGUUGGGAGCAGCCACCAGAUCUUCCAUGUUUUUGUUGUUGCGGCGGCGCUGGCGCACAGCGCCGCCACGCUCGUCAUCAUGGACUGGCGCCGAGGGUUGCCUGCCUGCGAUGCUACCUUGCUGGGAUAGAUAUAUAUAUAUACCUAACAUCUCCAUGCAAGCAAGCAAAGCGACAACCUAUGCUGGUUUACUUUAUUAUAGCGGGGUGAUCCUUUGUCGACUCUUGUGGUUACGAAUUUUUAUCUUCAGCCCAAUCAAAGGCCAUUUUUGAAAAGCUUUGGAAAGCUCGGUUGCAAACCACACUAAUAUUGUUAGGUAUGCCAUUAUACUAAUUUAUUU